AUGGCGGCCCAGCCGCCGCUCGGGCCGCGGAAGCGGAGCGGCCCGGUGCUGUGCGGGGCGGGCUGGGCCGGGGCCGCCCCUCCGGCCGUGACGGGCUCUGGCGGGGCCCUGGGGAACGGAUUCCCCCCGUACAAGCGUCCCAAGAGCGCGGGGCCGGCAGAUCUCUUCGGAGACAAUGACGACUUCACGGCGGACGACCUGGAGGAGAUCGACAUCUUGGCUUCUCAGGCGCUGUCCCAGGAGGCCGCUGCCGGGCCCCCGAAACACGCGUGGAGCGGCUUGGGAGCGAGCGGCGCUGAGCGGCCGGUGGCGGCGGGGCUGCCCUGGAACGGAGCUGCCGCAGCGGGCAGGAAGGUGCCAGCAGGAAGCAGUACAGAAGAGAGCCUGGUGAGAGAUGCCUUCCAGUUUGAAGUCCUGCAAACGCAGCAUGAAAAAAUGAAACAGAAGCUGAAAGAAAUGCAGGAUGAAAUUCUUACUAAAAAUGGAGAAAUUAAAAUUUUGCGUGACUCGAUGCAGCAGAUGGAGUGUGCUAUAGAGGAACAGAAAAGAUCAUACAUGCUAUUGGAACAGCAAAAAUCUCAGAUGUUAAGUGAAAAAGAAAAAGAGUUCUCCAAAAAGUUGCUGUCAUUACAGUCAGAGCUGCAGUUCAAAGAUGCAGAAAUGAAUGAAUUAAGAACACAACUUCAGAAGUCUGAAAGAAAUAAGCAUGUUAUUCAGACAGUUUUAACACCAAGCCCUAAAAAGAACUCUGCAAUACAAGUGAUACCAGAAGGAUGUUCUGUGCAGCCUGAAAAAAGAUCUUUCCCUACAAAGGAAUCCUUCAGUGCUGAAAUGUCCACUAGACCAUCGUGUUCUUCAGAAAAUGGGAUUGCCCGAAGUACUUUGAUCAAAGAAGAUAGUAAGAUAACCCAUCCUGAAGUGUUACCCCUGAAGCAUGAAGCUAUGGGAAAAAAUGGUGCCUACAACUCUCUAUCUAAACGAAACACACAAGGUUCUAUCUUACUAAAUGCACUGAUGAAACAGCCCAUUGUCCCUGGGUCAUUACUAGGACUCUGCCAUCUCCUUAGCAGUAACUCUGAGCCUCUACCUGGAGCUGCAUUGCAGCCCAACUAUUUGGAUACGAAGCCCACACACCUACCCAGCAGCAGGACAACUCAAGAGGAAAUUGCUGCUCGUGGAUCCUUGCAAGAAGCUCAAGACCUUGCUAUAACAGGAUUGAACUUGAUUGCUAUGGAUGGAGGAUUAUCUGAAGAAAGCCAAACAGAAAGCCAGAGAGAGUUGCACGUCACACACUGCAAGAUCCGAGGCGCUCUGCACCUCUUACCCUUGGUAGAACACCAUAUUGGUGCAUACUGUCAAGCGGUACAACUGGCAGACAAGCCAGUAAAUGGUUCUUGUGGAAACCAUUCAGCUGCUUCUUCCAGAACCAACACAAAUACGGUGUCAAGUAAGGAGGACUUCAGAUUGCCUCUUGAAGAAACUACAGUUAUAUCACUGGGUAUUCUUUAUUAUUUGGUGUUCUAUAGCUGGGAUGUUGUCCACUUGUUGCUAUCUACUGAAGUGGAAGAAAGUGCUGCUGCUGGAGAUGAACAGGUUUCCAAGAUGGACAAAAAGGUGUGUGAUAGCCAGUGUGAUGAUAAAGAAGAUACCAGGACACAAGGAGGGCUGCCUGUAGCUCCACAGGAUGCUCCCAAUAACAAUCAACCUCAACACUCCUUAUUUAAAAAGCUGCUUCAGGUUUUAGCUUUUUCUGCUGCAAAAGGCUCCCAGACUGACAGGAUACUGAACCAAAGCCUAAAGGUUUUGGUGAAAUUAGCUGAAAAUUCAACAAUGGACUUGCUAACAAUUUUCCAGCACUUACUGAGUAGCCAGAUACUGCUCCAUUGUCUGUGUCCAGAGACCCCUUUGCCUGCUGUCCUUUUGACUGUGAGACUGUUGUCUAUUCUUGCUCAACACCAUACACUGGUUGUUCAACUUUGUUCUCAUUCAGACACCUGCCUUCUUCUUGCCCUGUACAUGUAUAUUACAUCAAGACCAGAUAAAUCAGCAUCUGAAACGCUUUGGCUUCAGCUGGAACAAGAGACAGUUAGACUCCUGACAAGGUUUAUGCGGAGUUCCAGUCCAGCAGUUUCAUUACCUGGUACAGAAUGCCAGUGUAAUCUCGAGGUGGUUAAGGCACUAAUUAUAAUGUUACACAGACAGUGGAUGAAGAUUAGAAGAUCUGAGAACAGCUUGUGUGCACAUAAGGAACAAAUUAUUCAGUUUUUACGGGAUGCUCUUUUACUCUUGCACAGCCUGUCUCAGAAAGAUAAACUGUUUCAUGAACACUGUUUGGAAGUGCUCCAUCAAUAUGACCAAGCCAUGCCGGGCAUAAGAGCAAUUCUCAGAAAGACUCAAAAAUUGAGUGCUUGUGAAGAGCUGAUUUUGGAUGAAUUGUAUCCUCCUGAGCCAGAAGCAGAAGAGCAAGGAAUGGAUUCCAGCUAGCUAACAUCUAGCAAAGAUCUCUGUCCUUCCUCAUCUAAAUCAUAAUCAUUGCCACUGUAAAUCUGAAAUUCCAAUCAUCUGUUUUAUUAAGUGAUAAUCUAAAGGCUGCACUCAAAUGCAGCACAAGUAAGGCAUUUCUUUGUUGUGAUUAUUUAGGUGCCAUCUAAAUCUAGAUGAAAGCAAAGAAAUUUUGCACUAAGAAUUAUACUGCAAUGUAGUGUUUUGCUGUACAAACCUACUCAGUGGCUUAUGACCGGUUCCAUUUAUGAAAGUCUUUUGAACACAUGUGUUUCUUUGUAGCUGUAGCACUUUCUUGCUUGAUUUCCAGAUUUUUCAUGUUGAUAUUAGUAAACAGUUUAUGGUGAUUUUAAAAA